CACCGAAGGUUUCAGCGUGGUACAGCAAAAAGAAAACAUAAAUAGAAAAGCGCCGUAAAAAGAAUUCACGUUUUCGACCGCACGAACCGAGUGUCACAUACCGUAGCGAGCAAGAAUGAUUCUAGAGCACGAGCAGUGGUACUUCGGCUACGACCAGAUCCUAAAGGACUGCCGCCCCGAUGGGGACCGCGAGGGAUCUCGAUCGGUCCUGCUGCUAUGCAACCCCGACGUGGACGCGAUGUCGUCGGCCCGCAUCCUGUCCUACAUGCUGAGAUCGGACGGGAUCCACUACCAGCUGCUCCCCUGUACGUGCUACAGCGACCUGGAAAACCGACUCUCGGGAAUGGUUGAGGCGGGGGGGAUGGACGACGUUAGCUCGAUCGUCCUCUUCAAUUUCGGGGCGGCACGCAACCUGACCCGCCUGUACGAGGGAGACAAUCUUUUGGAGGAGGGCGCCGUCAAGACUUACGUGAUGGAUUGUCGCCGUCCCAUACACCUGGCCAAUGUCUACUCGCCCUCGAACGUUGUCAUCUUUCUAGAUUCGACCCAGAAGACCGAGGACAUGCCGAGUGACGGUGACAACCUCAGCGGGGAGGAAUCCUCGUCAGACUCGUCGUCCUCCUCGAGCGACGACAGCGAUAGCGACAGCGACGACGACAUCAGCAAAGACGCCGAAAACAGCGACGGAGACGACGAGGAGGAGGCCCUCUUUGACGACAUCGUAGGGGAAGCCGCAAAGCCUAUCGAAGAAGCCGAGCGGGAAGAACACGAACAACGAAGAAUGGAUGGCAAAGGGGACGCAAGCUACGACGCGGAAGACGAGAACGAAGGGAACAACAACGAUGACGACGACAGUGAUGAUGACGAUGACGAUGACGAUGACAACGAUCAUUCCAACCGCAAACCUAAGCGCCAAAAGACCUUUCUCGAUCCCGGGGAGGCCGAAACCGCCACACACGGCCCCGAAGCCUCGCAGGCGCGGCAGCCAUCCCCGGCCACGGUGUCCCCUCGGGAACUCCACGGCCAGCGCCGCAACCGUCUGCGCAAGUACUAUUCCGACGGGAGCUUUUAUGGAUCCCCCGCCUCGUUCGUGGCGUACCGCCUGGCAGCGCAGCAUCGCUACGGGGAGCAGGGGGACCUGCUCUGGCUCGCCUGCGUGGGGGUCACGGACGCGUACCUGCAUGCCCGCUUGGACCUCAUCGGGUACGCCAAGCUAGCGAGGGAGCUGAGCGACCUUUGCGGCAAGCUGUACCCAAACAAUGUCUUUGACCGGGCCCUGAACACGGUCUACGCCGAGGAUCUGGUGGGAAGCGGCAGCCGGAACGGCGACAGCAAGACGAAAAUUGCCCUCAGCGAGAACGGGCGGAUCUUUUCCGAGAAAGACUUUCGUUUCUUUAUGCUGCGGCAUUCCAGCUUGCUGGACAGCAUGCAAUACUCGGAUUACAUCUGCACCCGGAUGCAAGUCUAUACGAAAAAGGGGGAGCAGCAGCUUAUGGAGAUGCUGGCAAAAAUGGGAUAUCCUCUGGACGAAUGUCGACAGCCGUUUCCGUUUAUGCGGCCGAGCUUGCGCCGCCGUCUGAAGGAGAAACUGGGUAUCCAUGCAGCGGUAAGCAAUUCGGUUCUUCGUUUGUUCGCUCGCUUGUAUUUCACCCAGGGAUAUGCAUUUUAUUCGAUUCGUCAUUCGCUGACUCAUCUUGUAUUGUUCUCAUUUUUGUUGUCCCCAUUGUUUCGCAGGAAUACAAUCUGGAUCGUUUCGAAUUUACCAGUUUCACCCGUGUCACGGGUUACUCCUCGCUGCUAUCGGCAAGCGACACUUCUUACGCCAUCACGGCGCUCCUUGAAUGCACUGCUCCCGGUCCAACCAUCGAAUCUGGUUCCGAACACGAGGAGAAGGACCAGGUCGAAGCCUUCAACAACGCAUACGACGCCCUCGGGUCCCAUUCGCUCGAAAAGAGCGGGAUCAGCGCGGAGGGCUACGAUUCUUCCAACCUUGUUAACGGGGGAAACCUUUCAAGCAACGUCGGGAUCGGAGCGGGCCUGCGCCGUGCCAUGGCGCUGCAAAAAAACAUCAUCAAUACGGCGGUGGGUCUAUCCGAGAGGGGUGCCAUCACCCUCCUCCGCCACUUCCGUUACGCCCACGUUGCAUCGUCCACGAUGGGGGGAGAAACCCAUCAGCUCAACCGCCGGGACUUGAUCCGGUCAUCCGGAAGCAAUAACAAUGUAGGAAGCGACGACAAGAGGGACCACGUAUUUUCCAAGCCGCUCGCCUUGACCCGCCUUGCACAUUUCUUAAUGGACAUGAACCGCGAAAACGGAAAAUGGACCGGCACCAAGGCCCGCCCUCUCGUAUUGAUCGCCGACAAGCCGCGAAGCAGCACCUGCCUCAUUGUUGGAUACGAAUAUCCCGAACGGGCGGGAGAUUUCGUGAAGAACACGUUCGGGAAGAACUUUGAAGAGACGGCAAAAUCUAUGAACGGAACCUUUCGGUUUGACAGAUUCGAUAGCAACGUUGUUGAGGUUGACUCCGGAGACGUACAGAGGUUCAUGGAACAGCUUCAUUACUUGUUAGAUCAGAUAUAAAUGAAUGGAAAAGUCGGCGCCAACAGAGUUGAACGGGUUACAACAUAAUACGCUGUGUCACCACAGAUUUCAAACGACACUUUUCUCAGAUGUGGUUUUGAGAUUUUCCUUGUCAUGUGCCUGUUUCUUACUAUCUUAGUGUUCUUACGUACGUACGUACGUACGUACCAUACAGCAGAAGUUAGAUCUCGCAGCUUUAAUCACAUUCGACCAGAUGGACUAAAUUCCCUCACUGUUCUUGGAUGUUCUUCGUCAUACCACUUCCAAUGGUAUCGUCUAAAAUCAGGCCAUUUCGUGCGCGUGGUCAAAAUUGAAGGACACGAACGUCAGUGUUGAAAACAUCUGGUUUAGUGAGCGUUGUCUGCCCCACGGACAUCAAUUCCUCCGUCUCCACCGAUGGAAGGAUUCGGCUUUCGUUCAACCCUUGUACCGUACGGUAUGCAUCCUGUCCAAAACCAUCGUGUCAAGCCGCGCUCGCCAUUUUAUUGUAUUCUGAAAAAUCGAUUUUACCGUACGAGAUGAGUAAACUACACUACAAAUUACAUUAGUGGAUUUGCGUCCUCCUCUCCUCCUCGUGUUCGACAAAAUUGAUUAUAAUAUUAAAAAAAUAGCCCGCAUGGCUUGAAAAACAAAGACAUCAUUAAUCACAAAAACAAAUGAAAUCGCUGUAGGAUUGUGUACAAAUAAUACUCAUAGGGCCAAACAAUGCGAUGUGAACACUAGCCAUAUGAAAUCCAAUGAAAUGAAAUUACGCUGGAAGUCCGAUUACUCGUACCCGGUACUGGCACUUCGAGGUUUUAGAGUCUGCUACUACGAAGUACUUUCGAUGAAUCGUCCACAAAAAAAGAAAAACCUUUCGUUUUGUUGAAACAACCCUAGCGCGAGAUUUCUUUCCACUGAAGCCCAUCGUUUACUGGAAAACGUUCUUCACCGCCACAUAAUUCUGCAACGAAUUACCAUGAGACCGUUGAAGAAGAUAGCUUUGCUGGGUGUCUUCGUGAAUUUCUACUGCAGUCUGAGCAGAACAGAUGCUUUUGUAUCAAAUGCCGUCGUAGGAUCAAUUACGAAACAAGGAUUGGUAAUAACCGGUCAAGCACCAUUUGAACCAAUAUUGGAAGCUGCGAGGCGUCAACAAUUUCCACAGCACUUUGUUACUGUGAAUGAUAGCGAACUGACGGCCGUGGAAGAAAAAACUGACCUAGAGGAGACCCUACUUUCUCGUCAAGAUCCUACUCCCAAAGAGUCAGAAUACAGUGCCGAGCAAAAAGUUAUCAACUUCCUAUUUCUUUCUGCAACCUUUGGGUAUGCUCUGUAUACCAUUCUCAACAUUGACAAAGGUAUGACAAGGGGCUGGUCAGCAUCAGAAAUAGCCAUGAGAAUCCCUCUCGACAACUGGGGUGCAUACGAAUCGUACCUGGACUCGAAACCGAUCGUUACAAAAACCCUGAUCAACGUGAUUAUAUAUUUACUCGGGGAUUGGCUGAGCCAGACCGCAUUCCGCGGAGAAAACCUGCUGGAAUUCGAUAUCAGUAGAACGCUGAGGAAUGGUUUUAUUGGUCUUUGCUUUGGACCACUGGUGCAUCAAUACUACGAAUUUAGCGAUGCAAUUCUCCCACCCGAAAAUGGAUUGAUCACAAGAUUGCAAAAGAUUCUUAUGGAUCAAACAAUCUACUUGACGGUAAAGUGCAGUGUAUAUAUUAGCGCUGUUGGCUUACUGGCUGGGGAGGACUUGUCGUCCGUCACACAGUCGGUCAAGGACAAAAUUGGUGGCAUCGUGAUAACUGCGUAAGUUGUUUUAUCCCAUUCCUUCCCAGGAGAAUGAGGCAUAGUGGCUUUGAGAAUGAUCCUUACUAUUGCUCCACUCACCACUUUAAUGCUUAUUGUCAAUCUGUGGUGAUCUAAAACAUCAUGAUUUCAGUUGGAAAUUCUGGCCCAUAGUUCAUUGCAUUACUUACAGCGUGAUUCCUGCCCAGCACCGAAUAUUAUGGGUCAACUCGGUAGAUUUGGUCUGGAAUGCUAUUCUUAGCUCCGCUGCACAAAGAAGUAGUGUUUUUGAAGAAGUCGACGAUGAAGAGGAAGAGGUUUCGGGUCUCAACAUUGGGAGCAGAGAAUUUGUUGUCGCCGUCGACCAAAGCGAUGUUUCCACUGCUGCGGUCGACGAGGUCGAGCACGACAAAUUCAUCGAUCAAUUCAACACAACAACGUCAUCCGGAGUUCUCGUCGCAACCUGAAAACAUACUUCUUGCAACUUUUCUUUUUCGCGAAGUGCAUAUCAUACCCUCCAGUACAAUAGCUCCUAGCUAGACACUAUUUUCGAUU